AUGUCAGACUUCGACGAGACCCUCCGCUUCGGCGGCCCACAAGCAGACGACACCGAUGAUGCCGCUCGCAAGGCUGAGGAGCGAGAGCGCAAGAAGGCUGAGGUCCGAAAGAGGCUCGAGGAGGCCGGCAGCAAAAAGAAGGCCAAGAAGGGUUUCCUUACGCCGGAGAGAAAGAAGAAGCUUAGGAAACUUCUCAUGAUGAAAGCCGCCGAAGACCUCAAGCAACAACAAUUAUUGAAAGCCCAAGAACGACAAAAGGCACUCGCCUCCCGAAUUAUUCCACUCCCAGACGUCGACAAAAUCGAAGACAAGGGUCAGCUCGAGAAGAUCUACAACGAUAUGUUCGAACGGGUGAAGAAGUUGGAAGAGGAGAAAUACGACAUCAACUUCAUCGUCACACAAACCGAAGCCGAAAUCAACGAGCUUACCAUUGCCGUCAAUGAUCUGCGAGGCAAAUUCGUGAAGCCCACCCUCAAGAAGGUUUCUAAGUAUGACAAUAAAUUCAAGAAGAUGGCUGAGAACGAGAAAACCAAGGGCGAAAAGAAGGCCGACUUCAGAGCGAAUCUUAAGGUUGUUAAGAAGGAAACUGCUAUUGAGGAUAUCAUGGCCAAGACAAAGAAGAACACGGACAAGCCAGACUGGUCGAAGAAGCCUGCAGCUGAGAAGAAGGAGGAAGAAGAGAAGAAGGAAGCCCCAGAAGCCCCACCACCAGCAGAAGAACCCGAGGCUGAGGAAGAAGGUGAGGCACAUGAAAAAAAAACGCAUAUGAAGAAGAGUAAAUCUGAAACAAAAACCAAAACGACGAUCGAUCACUCUCAUCUCUCAUCAUCUACAUGUUCGUCUCCUCGCUUUCGACACUUCUUUAACAAUUUUGUUAUUGUGUGA